GACGUGCGGCUCGGGGCUUGGCGUGGCCGGAGCGUCAAUGGUUAAUGGUCGCGGGCCAGCAGCACCAGUCACAAGGACGGCGCUAAGCGAGACGUGUCAAAGUUCACGGAAACCGCCGAAGAGUGAGAGCUGGUCCCAGCAUGGCGUCAAACAGCCUCUUCAGCACCGUCACACCAUGCCAGCAGAACUUCUUCUGGGACCCGAGCGCCAGCCGGAGGUUCAGCCCGCCGUCCAGCAGCCUGCAGCCGCUCGCGGGCAAGAUGACGGACGUGAGCUCCCCGGGUGGCGGCGGCGGCGGCGGCGGAGGAGGGGGAGGCGGUGGAGGGGGCGGCCCCGGCGGGCAGGCGGACGCGGCUUCGGCGGCGGUUCCCCGUCUGCGCGCCCACGAGAACCGCAGCAUGGCCGAGAUCAUCGCCGACCACCCGGCGGAGCUGGUGCGCACCGACAGCCCCAACUUUUUGUGCUCCGUGCUGCCGUCGCACUGGCGCUGUAACAAGACUCUGCCGGUCGCCUUCAAGGUGGUGGCGCUAGGGGACAUAACCGACGGCACGGUGGUGACGGUGAUGGCGGGCAACGACGAAAACUACUCGGCCGAGCUGCGAAACGCUUCGGGCGUGAUGAAGAACCAGGUGGCGCGCUUCAACGACCUGCGCUUCGUAGGCCGCAGUGGCAGAGGCAAAAGCUUCACACUGACCAUCACCGUCUUCACCAACCCGCCGCAAGUGGCCACUUACCACCGAGCCAUCAAGGUGACAGUGGACGGACCACGAGAGCCCAGGAGGCAUCGCCAGAAGCUGGAGGACCCUCCCAAGUCGGGCCUCUUCUCGGACCGCCUGAGCGAGCUGGAGAGGAUGAGGGUCCGCGUGGCGGUGCCCACCCAGGCCCAGCGACCGGCGCUCAACGCGGUGCCCAAUUCGUUCACGCCGCAGGGACAGACGCAGAUCACCGCAGACCCGCGUCAGUCACAGUCGUCGCCGCCGUGGUCGUACGAGCAGACGUACCCGUCCUACUUGAGUCCCAUGGCGUCCCCCUCCGUCCACUCCACCGCCCCGCUCUCCUCCAGCCGGGGCACGGGCCUGCCCUCCAUCAGUGACGUGCCCAGACGCUUGCCAGGUUCUUCGGACCUGAGCCCGUUCCCGGGCCAGUUUGAGCGUCAGUUCCCGGGCCUGUCCUCCCUGACGGAGAGUCGCUUCAGCGGGCCCCGCAUGCACUACCCGGCCACCUUCACCUACACGCCGCCCGUCACCUCCGCCAUGUCGCUGGGGAGCGCUCACUACCACACCUACCUUCCGCCGCCCUACCCGGGCUCCACGCAGAACCAGAGCGGACCCUUCCAGACCAGCAGCACGCCUUACCUGUACUACGGCGCCUCGUCCGGGUCCUACCAGAUCUCCAUGGUGUCCGGCGGCGGGGAGCGGUCGCCCUCGCGCGUGGCCCCGCCGCCCUGCACCAGCGCCUCCACGGGGACCUCGCUGGUCAACCCCAACCAGGCGGACGGCGGCGUGGACGCGGGAGACGGCAGCCACAGCAACUCCCCCACCGUCCUCAACACGGCCGGACGCAUGGAUGAGGCCGUGUGGAGGCCCUACUGAACGCCUGACUGAAAAGGGAUUUUUUUUUUUUUUUUUUUUUUUUGGAAGCGGCUCGUCCUGACUUGUGCAAACUUGUCUUCCUGGAAUGUUCGGACCAAAACGCUCGGAGUAGCAAUAAGCAGCACAUUGUUCCUAACAGACUUUUUUUGUAUGUCUUUAAUAGCAACCUGGAUGAGGCACAAACUCCAAAGAACAAAAAAGAAUAUGAAUAAUUACACACCAAGUUAAAGUCGGAAUUUUACCUAAAUAAAUUUGGUUUUAGGGGAAAGUCAUCGAAAACUGUUUUCAUUAGAAAUAUGAGCAUUUUUAAAAUAUGGCUUUUCUCGCAGUUGUUGUUUUUCUAAUAAUACCAGAAUUAAAUUGUAUAUUUUCAGGGGGAAAAAAAUCAUCUGCAACUUUUUUCCUGAAAAAGUACUUUUCCUGAAAAGAUCACUUUCUAGAAAACGACACUUUCUCAAAUAUAUAAAUAUAUUUCUCAAAUAUACUUUUUCUCGAAUACACCAUUUUUUUUCUUAAAUUGUAAGAUUUUUUUUUCUGAAAACAGGACUUUAGAUUAAGCUACUUUUUUCCUCAAAUAUGACUUUUUUUAAUAUACUGCUUUCUAAAAAUUAACUUU